GAAACUACCUCAUCAUUGUUAUCAUUCCGCUCGCGCUCCUUCCCCUGCCGCUCGUCAUCCCUACAUCGGUUAAUGUUGGGCUUCAUGAUCGUCUCGUCCUUCCUGUCCAUGUGGAUCAGCAACUCGGCCACCACCGCCAUGAUGCUGCCCAUUGCCCAGGCCGUGCUGCAGCAGCUGAAGUCCACAGAGGCUCGGGCGGACGAGCGAGAUUUCGAGGCUGCGGCCGAGGACAACGACGCGUUUGAGAUGGAGAUCACACAAACUCAAGAGGAAAAGACGGACGAGAAACAGCCAGACACCAAGGUUCAGCUGGAGGACGCAGAGCAGUCACUGCUGGACGCCAAGAAAAAAGCAAUGGAGUUAAAGUACCAGCUCCUGACCAAAGGGAUGAGUCUGAGUGUGUGUUACGCCGCCAGCAUCGGAGGCACGGCCACGCUCACCGGUACGACCCCGAACAUCAUCCUUAAGGGUCAAAUCGACAAGCUCUUCCCUGGGAACAAUGAUGUCAUCAACUUUGCCAGCUGGUUCAGCUUCGCUUUCCCCAAUGCGAUGCUCAUGCUGGUGUUGGCCUUUCUCUGGCUUCAGUUUAUGUUCCUCGGCUUCAACAUGAAGCAGUCAUUCGGCUGUGGCCACAAAAGCGACAGAGAUAAGGAGGCGUACGCAGUGAUUAAGCAGGAGUACAGUAAGCUGGGGAGCGCUCCGUUUGCUGAGCGGGCAGUGCUCACCAUCUUCCUCCUGCUGAUAGUCCUGUGGUUCACCAGGGAGCCGGGCUUCUUCGACGGCUGGGCGACUGUGCUCUUCAAUAAGGGGGGGCCGUUUGUGUCCGAUGGAACCGUCGCUAUCUUCAUGUCGAUGCUGUUCUUCGUCGUCCCCUCCCAGAUGCCCAAGUGUGGAGGCUACGGCCCCGAUGAAGAAGGUAAAAUGGUGAACGCUCCCUCCACGCUGCUCAACUGGCAGGUGGUCCACGAGCAGAUGCCCUGGCACAUCAUCCUGCUGCUGGGAGUGUAUUAUCUAUACAGUAAAUGGCCCAUAGAGUCCGGUCUGUCCAAGUGGCUGGGAGACAGCUUGGCCCCCCUGCAGCGGAUCCCCCCCGUCGGCAUAUCGUUGCUGCUCUGCAUGCUGGUGGCGACGUUCACCGAGUGCUCCAGCAACACGGCCACCACCAACCUGUUCCUGCCCAUCCUGGCCUCAAUGGCCCUCGCCAUCAAGAUACACCCGCUGUACGUGAUGAUCCCCUGCACCAUUGCUGCCUCUCUGGCCUUCAUGCUGCCUGUGGCCACACCCCCGAACGCCAUCGCCUUUUCUUUUGGAAAACUCAAAGUCAUGGACAUGGUGAAAACUGGCUUCGUGCUGAACGUCAUUGGGAUUCUGACAGUUAAUUUAGGCAUCAACACCUGGGGAUACGCCAUAUUUGACUUGGGCACCAUACCUCAUUGGGUCAACGUUACAAACGACAAACCUUGAGUCAGGAAGGACGGAAAGAGAGAGACAUGGAGAACGGGAGUGACACGGAAUUGUUUUUUUAAUGGCAUGAGUUUAUUUAACUUAUUACUUAUUACUAAUCUUUUGUGGUUAGUCUUUUUUUCAUUGUCGCUCUUUUUUUUUAUCAGUUUAUUUGGUGCAUGAACAAGGAUUUACUUUACAUUUCUUAAAUCUUAAAUGUUUAAUUACGCUGAUUGUAAAGCACUUUGACAUAUUGGAAAGCCCUUUGAGGCAAAUAUGUAAUUUUUGAUAUUGGGCUAGACAAAAUAAACUGAAUUGAAAAUGAAUUGAAUAGAUUAAUCGAAGUGAAAGCUAUUUAAGUUAUAGUUUGACAUUUUGUGAAAUAAGCCUAUAUUUUCACGCAGAGAGAAUGCCGAUGCCACUCUCAGAAGUGAACGCUAAAUGUGAAACUACAGCUAUCAUAAAGACUUGA